AUGGCAGUCGGUCCCAGAACCCCAAAGGCACACAGAGAUGCGUUUCCUCGUGGUGUUGGCAGUCGUCCUCCUGGUGGCAGUGGCCCAGAGCAGCGCGGGUAUGAUGGGCUUCGGCGGCGGAAGGGAGGAGGCGGCUACGGAGGCGGAUACGGAGACAGCGGCCCGCAGAUCGUGUACUUGCCUGUGAACUGCGGUCCUUACAGCGCAGGCGGCGGCGGCGGCGGCGGCGGCGGCGGCAUGAUCUCCUACGGGGCGGCUACGGCAUGCCCAUGGGAGGGAGACGAGAGACCUCAAAACCAGACAUCGAAGAUCACCGCGAAGCACGUUAGACAUCAGGGACAGAAUCACAUCAACUCCUUUAUAUCCGAGUGUAUCAAAUGGGGAAGGCCUAGCAACUCGAGGAGGUGUCGGUGGCGCCUGAAAAAGCACAUGGGUUUGCUCUUUGAUCGAACGUCCCACACAAAAGUUACGGUUGCUUUGUGA